AGACUCGUUAUAAUAACGAUAUUUAUAAUAGUACGUAGUGUAUUGUAUUAUCAAGUCAGUGUUACUAAGUCACUAAGUCAGUGUUAACAAAUGGUUAUUCAAAAUAAAUUUUAACAAUUUUAUUUCAUGUUAUUUGUACUUUUAGAUGAGCAACCAAAUCAAAAUGAAUCCUUUAGCUAUACUUUUUCACAUAGCUCUAAUUUGUUUCUCGUUAAAUGGCGCGGAAGUAGGACCAAUAGUCAUGCUAGAGAAUGGAGGCAAAAUUCAAGGGCGAGAGUUGUCUUCUCAAAACGGUAAGAGCUUUUACGCUUUUCAAGAAGUUCCAUAUGCAGCACCGCCAGUGGGAAAUCUCCGAUUCAAGGACCCAAUCGAACCAAAACCGUGGAGUGAUAUAUUACAAACUACCAAAAAUACAAAAAUCUGUAUGCAGCUACAAAAUAACGAUCCAAGAGAGACUGAAGACUGUCUUUACCUUAACGUUUACACUCCAGCAAAGGAUUUCCAAACCAGUUCAUUGCCAGUGUAUGUCUUUAUCCAUGGUGGUUUUCUUUUUAAAGGGGAAAGUACGUUCGAACGGUUUGGUCCACAAUUUUUAAUGGAUUAUGGAAUUAUAUUGGUAACGCUGAAUUAUAGACUUGGAGCUUUCGGGUUUCUUAGCACAGGAGACAAAACAAUUCCAGGAAAUUAUGGCUUCAAAGAUCAAAACCUUGCGCUCAAAUGGGUUCAAAAGAAUAUAAAGAAUUUUGGAGGAGAUCCGGACAAAGUAACGCUUGGAGGUCAAAGUGCUGGAGGUAAUAGUGUCGGACAUCAGAUUCUAAGCGAGAAAUCUAAAGGUCUUUUUAGAGCCGCAAUUCAAGAAAGUGGAUCACCGUUGUGUUCUAAAAUGUUUAUGAAGCAUCCUCGAUAUUUUGCAGUUCAAUUAGCGAAAUCAUUUGACGAUAAAAUAACCGAAAAAAGUUCAUCCGCAGAUAUUUUGGACGUCGUUAUUAAUGUCAGUGCAAAUGAUAUUAAAAAUAAUAGUGAUUUACCAAUACCAGAUGACAUGAGAAAUUGUGUCGGAAGUAUAGGAAGCACAGUGUGGAAUCCAGUAGUCGAAACUCAGGAAGAUGGCUUCGUUAAAGGACUAAUGCACGAAAAUUUUAAAUACGGAAAUUUCAGUAAAGUACCUGUCCUAAUUGGGUUUAAUUCCGAAGAAGAAGUUGCAUACAAUUUGGUGGAUACAAAAUCCAAAGCUGGUUAUAUGGACAGUAACAACAAAUAUAUGGUGAAUGGAAACUUAAAUAUAAAAGAGGAAAACAUAUUACUAGCUGGAAAUAAGUUGAAGAAAAUAUAUACUGACAAGACGUUUGAAGAAGACUUUUUGUCAUUGGUUAAGUUUGCAACGGAUGCUAAAUAUACCAUUGGAAUAUGUCGACAAAUAGAACUUCAAUCCAAAUUUGCAGAUAUCUAUAUGUAUCAAUUUUCAUAUGAUGGUUUGUUGGGACGCAUCAAUCAAAGCAUACCUGGUGUCGGACACGCCGAAGAGCUGAAUUAUUUAUUCCAAUCGCGAGUAAACAGCAAUAUUAAUGAAUACCCGCCGGAAGAUUUGAAAGUUCAGAAAGAACUCCUGACAUUAUGGACCAACUUCAUUAAAUAUUUAGACCCUAUGUCAACGAAAAAAUGGACCAAAACUAGCGGCGAAAAUCUGAUUUACAUGGAUAUAAACAAGGAGUUGCAACUUAAGUCAAAUCCUAGAUACUAUCAGAAAAUACGAGAAGUUUACAGUGAAUAUGCAGAAGAAAUCCAAUAUACUUACUAAUAUUUUAAAUAUACAAAAUAAAGCAUUUCAUAA